AUGGUUGGCCAUCGAAGGGAUCAAAGUGAUAGUCACGUUCCCUUAAGGCCAUCGUCAGAACUUGGACUCGAAGGAACCGAAUUACAAGUCCGGAUAGAUUCUUCCCAGCCUUCCAUCAAUUCUGGAGUCAUGAUCGACAGUAGGUGCAAUGGAAUUGCUAUUAACAUCGAUCCCUCAGACCCUGAUCAUACAAGAUCUAAAGUGGAAGAUAUCGAGCGCCGAUCAGAAGGCUUGAAAACUGUCAUCGCUUUUUUUUGUCUGAUGGUCUCAGCCUUCCUUAACUUUUUCCUCUUAACUGUUAUCCAUGAUGUUGUCCCUCGACAGCCAUUACCUGAUCUCACAUUUAUGGUAAUACCUCAGCAGAAAUGGGCUUGGUCCGUUGGGGAUGUUUUGUCCACCGUCAGCUCUAUUAUUGGUUUUACCGUUGUGUUAUUGCACCAUGAACGAUGGGUAGUCUUAAGGCGGAUGUUCUUAUUAGGAGCUAUUAUGUAUGGACUUCGAGCAGUUAUUCUUGGGGUCACUUUCCUUCCUCCCUCUUUCCACAAUCGAGAUGAGAUAUGUCAACCGCAAGUUAACCGAACUGCCAUGUAUGGCAUGGAAAUCGCUACGAGGUUUUUGACAUAUGUUGUAACUCUUGGCUUGACUUCUGGACAAGAGAAGAUUCUUUGUGGAGAUUUGAUGUUCAGUGGACACACUGUUGUGCUUACCAUCAUGUACUUUGUGCAGCUUCAGUACACACCUCGUGGACUGGUUCUCCUAAGGUAUAUUGCUGCUCCCAUCACCUUCUUGGGGAUUGCUGCUCUAGUUGUCUCAGGAGGUCACUAUACCAUGGACGUUUUAAUCGCUUACUGGCUUACUUCCCAUGUCUUUUGGGGUUAUCAUCAAGUUUUCGAGAUGAAGAAAGAAGAGCGUCCUAACGCGCCUAUGAGUAGAUUAUGGUGGUUCUGGUUAUGUUACUGGUUUGAGUCUGAUGUUCCUCACGGAAGGUUGGAGAACAAAUGGGAUUGGCCGUUAUCAGGUCCAGCCCAAGUUCACGUAAUAAUGGAGAAGAUGAAUCGCUACCUGAAUUACCGGUGUAAAUUGAUGUACUAUUCUUCAAUUUCUUUAUUUCUGGAUAAUUAA